AUAUUAUUAAUGUAGACCAAACAAAUAAACAUUAUUAUAAUGUCUCUAUUACAAAAUCUGCCUUACAAAGAAUACAAAUAUGUUUUGACGUUAAGUGCAGAAAAAUGUGAACUCAUAGCCAAGUUAGCAGAUUUAAAAAUAUCAUUCAAUGAUAGUAAAAAGCCAGGUGAAACGUUGAUCAAACAUCUAGAUCGUCGUGGCUGCUCAUUACAACAGUAUAGAACCCUUAUCCAUACUGCAUUCAAUACAAAAACUAUAAUUACGUAUUACCAACCCUUUUCAAAGGUCGCUGUACUCAUUGCAAAUGAAAAAUAUGAACAUUUAUCCAAACUAACCACUCCAUCUAUAGACUGUGAUUCGUUAGCAUGUAAUUUAAGAAAUCUGGGUUUUAUCACAGUUACUGUAAAAAAUACAAAAGUUGGUGAUUUGAAGGAUAUUUUACAGAACAUAUUUCAAGCAAUACCUGGGGACUCUUAUUGUUUUGUAUUUUAUGCUGGUCAUGGCUGUGAAUUAUGCAACACAAAAUGUAUUCUUAGCAUAGAUUGUCCGAUGGAAAAUAUCGACUUUAGUCAUUGUAUCACUGAGAACUGGUUGUUACGUGAAGUGGAAAAAUGUAAACCAGAAACUUGCAUACUUAUCAUGGAUAUGUGCAGAAUUAAUUUAGAUAGGAGUACUAAUCCAAAACUAUACUCAUCAAUGGCUGACUUAGAAAGUUACUCGAUACAUAAUAAUCUUUUUAUAAGUUACUCUACACAGUCUUCACAAGCGGCAUACGAGGUUUUACAAAUUGAAUGUACAACAACAAUUGAUAAUAUUCUUACAUAUGAAUUAAAAACAGGUGAUACGGAGAAAAUAGUUCCUGGAAGUAGUCAAUAUGUUAAUGCUUUGUGUACGAGAUUAGUAGAUAACUUUGAUAUAAGUACGUUAUUAGAUAAAGUUCACGCAGAUGUUGAAAAUUCAAUAAAAAAACAAAGGCCUAUCAAAGUUCAAUGUGGAGUAGCUAAAAGAUCCUUGUAUGAUCCAGUUAAAGGUGACACAAAGGAGCUUCUCACUAAGAUGAGAGAAGUUUUACAAGAUUAUAAAGAAAACUGUGCUGUGUUUUAAGAAGUAGAUUUAAAGCAAUAAAAUUAAAAAAAAAAUACUAUUAAAGUUAAAAUUAUUCUAAAAAAAACCAUGACGCUUAAUAAUGUGAUAAAUAAAUACAGAUGUAUAUAAACAACUAUAUCUUUUAAUUUCGUUUUAAGCUUUUCUCCUAUAUACUAAAAAGAUUUGUUUAAAAUGAUUUCUUAAGUGUGUGAGGCUGGAAGUGGUUUACGAUAUUGACCCACCAACUAUCUUCAACUCCUUUGGUAAAUUCUCUGAUAAAUCUGUAGUUAAGAAUAAAUAUCUUUUCUUGAUACUCUGGUUGUACACUAAAAUAAUAAAUUUAAUUAAUAAAUA